AAAGUUUUGAAAGUGAAAAUUAUAUUACAAACUCAGAGCAAAACCUUUUUGAAGUGCUUUACAAUCAAUCAUUACUGUCAAAUAACGAAUCAUAACUAUAUCACAUAUUUUAAGAAACCGUUUAAAUUUGUAACUGUAUAAUUAAUCAUGGCUGAUAAUCUACCACUGGUACCAGAUAGCAGAAAUCUAUGUAAUGACGUGAGGUCGGUGCUAAGGGAAGUAUUCCGUGAAGUAGAUUAUCUACCCCCUUUGAAAGCGGUGAAGGAUUUGAAGAAACAGAAGUCGGAAGAUGAUUGGGUAGAAAACUUCACGAAAGAAUGCAAUGAAAUAUGGCAAAGGGAAGAUGCGUUAAAGCAGGAGUACGCUAAAAGGUUAUCAAAGAAGCCGGCACCUAACAUUUAUCAACUCCACUCUGAAAGGACUACGGGAAUCGAAGAUGAGUGGAGAGCACAGAGAGGUAUCAUAGAGAGAAGGAGUUUGUUGCCGACAAUCGCCCAAAAUUCCGGAAGAGACAAGAGCCUCUGGGUACAAAAUAUAAUGAACAGAAGUUCGGGUGAUGUGACCUCCGUUGAUGUGGCUUCUAGAGCGCGCUCAUCCGAACAGAGUCUAGUGGAGGGGAAAUCGAUGCUGUCAUUCAGCAUAGGUGAAGUACCGCCAAAAAUGUUUUCACCUCCACCUUCUAUACCAAGAUUCGAGACAGAACCAGAGUACAUAAUCUGCGUGCCCUCGAAACUAGACUUUAUCAAUUUCACUAUCGGACAGCUACAUACACAAACUGUUCGUCUGAUCAACGUCUCCAAGUUCGAGAUCCGACUCUCCCUUCGGCCUCCGAGCCGUAGAGAGCUCAACCUAGAGAUAUCCGGUGCCAGGGGUCUGACCGUGACCUCGGGUUCAGCCGCUGAAGUUCGAGUACACUUUAGACCCCUCAAUGUCCUGAGCAUACGCGACGAGAUGCUCGUGAGGGCGUCGUCCGGCAAGGAUCGUCUCGUCGCCAUCCAUUGUUACAUGGAGCCACCUUUGUUGAAUGUUUUUGUACCAAGCAUCUCAGGAUGUGCACGGUUUCCAUCUCCUCGUGGUGAAGAUGUUCUAGAGCUCGGAUCUUGUCUGUUGGGCGAUGUUCACCGUGUUCCAAUAUUCCUACACUCCAAAGCUGAUCACGCCGCCUUCUUCUUCAUUACUGAAGAUGCAUGGCUGACCUUAAAUUUGGAGGGCAUAACGUCACGAGGAUGUCUACAAGCAGGAGCCUUCACCAUCUGGCCCUGCUGGUUCGCUGGUGGGGGCGCGGUGCCGGGCUGCGUGUGGUGCAGCGCUGAAUGCGCUGGCUUCCACGUGGCUUCGUUACGAGUCCUGUGCUCCACUGCUGUGGUCCGCCCCUUGAAUUUGCUGGCUGAUUUUGUGAUGUUCUCGCCGAAACACAUUACCAUAGAGGCCCAAGAAAAGGACUACGACAUUUGCAGCGAGGAUGAUGCAUCCUGCGAGUACUAUGUGCAUCUCGGGACUGCCUUCCCCAACCGGAGUCUGUCAGCCAGUGUUCAACUUGUUAAUCACAGCUCAUUAUUAUAUUCAUACUAUUGGACCACUCGACCUUGGGGGAAAUGUUUCUGCUAUGAGAAAACAACGAAUGAAAUGGAAGAAGGAGACAGUGAAAUAGAAGAAUUUCAAUGUGGAUCAAAGUGUACAAACCUUGAUGAACAACAAAUGGUCGAUCGUGAGGAUCCGUUCCGUUUGGUGGAAGUGGACCCUUCAAAAGGUCGGUCCGCACCGCGGUCAACAACUGAAGUUAUUGUGUCUGCAGAAGACGUUGGGUCCGAGCUUGGUGUUCAAAGAGCUGUCAUGAUGUUAAUUUUAAGAAACAUCCCAAAGAAAAGUUUCUCAGAGGAAUAUGACCCAAUGAUUACGGACGUGAAAAUAAUUAAGCCACAAACCGCUCCGGGUGUAGAAAGUCCUCCUGUAGAAGUAUGUGACGUGGUCUGCUGUCAGUUAGAAAUAUGGUGGGAAGUUGUUCCAGUGCGAUUUGUGUUGGACCCACCGCUGAUACCUAUAGUUCACUCUAGAAGAGUGAAAAAUGUAGAGUUGAAUAUCCAAGCGGUCCAGCUGUACGGCACUGAUGCGGUGCAGUGCCACUGGGCAGCGCCGGGACAAGCGCUCGCUCCGGAAUCUACUAAGCUCACAUCUUUCCAAUCGAAAGCAGUGAACGUCAAUCUACCUUUAUUGAGUUCAAUAGACGAGCGAGUUGAAAUGGAUGUUAUUUCUUUAACUGCCGCCAAAGAAGAGUGGCGGUCUGAUUGCUUGGUGACCCGACAGGCUCUGACAAGGCCUUUAUUACUGCGGCCAGCCGCAGUCUGGCUCGGUGUGGUCCCGCCGGGAACUACACUGACAACUAAAUUAGAAAUUUCCAAUAGUACAUUUCAGCAGAUUAAUUGGUCGGCUACUGCUUAUCAAUCCUGUGGAGAGGAAUAUUCCAGCCGCUCUUGUGUCGGGCGGCCUCCGUGCGUCGUCUGCAAGCAACGAGCUUGCUCUUGCACAGUGCUGAUGCCGUCGCGAGGCUCACUGGAACAUACGGAAAGGACCGAAAUUCAAUUUCACGUUACCGCUCCAGACAGAGAUGGUUGCGUUAUGGCUUUGGUAUUUGUCAAACGAACGAAUUCUAGUUUAGAAUACGCUGCUGAUGUUAGCGCUUCCCUCAUAUCGUACAGAGUACUGGCGCCGAGGCUGGUCAUAAGAGUGUUGCCUUGUGCGGGAGAUAAGAAGAGAGAAUGUGAAUAUUGCGAUUUAGAUGAAGGCGAUUCCAACAACCCACGGGGCGCGCUCAUCCUGAGGCCUAAGCAAGCUUUACCUUUGGGUGUAAGAGCCUGCUAUAAGCUCCGGAUUGUUAAUACCACACCGAUAUUAACUGAUCUAAAAUGGGAACCGAGUCUUAAUUUGGAUGAUGCCGUCAAAAUCACUUUUAUACCGAGAGAAGUGAGCAUUGGAAGCUACGAAACUAAAGACAUUUCGAUCCUGCUUGAAGCUUCGAAAGUGUGUGACAGAAGUCUGUAUGUGUGUAGCAGUUCGGUGACGCACGCACACACAAAAAUAUAUCUUCUUAUAGAUGCCGCCGUCUCCGGGCUGGAAGUCGUCUGUGAAAUUCCUGUCGGUGAUGGAGAAGCGAUCGACCGCGCCGAAAUAAAGCUGAUGCAGAAAGAAGUCCCUUGGGUUGGAGCCAAACAGGAAAUGAACUUCGAAGGGAAAUUUCUGGAGAACGAUCGCCUCAAGGAAGCUCGCGCGAAAGGAAGUGUUUGUCGUUGUCAUUAUGAACUGAAGUACAUUCCCCCGAUGAAGCCUCUAAGACCACCAAGCGAAGAGAAAUCAGUGGAAAUAGUAUGUGAACCUCCCCUCUUGACCAGAGUCUGCAAGUGCUUCGAGACCACCAAACCAGUGUUGCCGGAGUGCUCUGAAGCUUUGUGUCUACAGUACAAGAAUCUCCCUAUUAAAAAAGUGCGUACUAAAACCCUCGUAUUCUCCAAUAAAUCUACUCAAAGACUUCAAUGCAAAAGCAUCGUGAGAAGAUGGCCUUUAAAACGCAGGAGAACAAUUAGCUCAGAUGUCUGGUCGAGCGGUGUCCGAGAGUGCGGUGUGGGGGUGCUCUGCUCACAGACGCCCGCGGGGGACGCGGUGUGCGUCGACGUCAGUGUGUACGCCGACUGCUGGGGCUUGUAUCGGGAUCAGAUACUAAUACAGAUUGAAAACUUGGAUCCAUUAAUUUUUGACAUUUUCAUCGAAGUAGUGGGUCCUCCUUUGCAAUUCGCCUUGAAGCCAAAUUAUUCAAAUUGUGAGGAUUCUCCACCAAUCUUGUGGAUGACACAGGCCGACUCUGAGCGAUCUCUCCUCGUGAAGAACACAUCUCGAUGCGGUCUCUCGGUUCAAGCUUUUGUCCUCACUGAACAUGAACACCACCAGGAUUACCUCCCGUUCCGGCUGUAUCUCCGCUUCCUCGACAGCUUCCCUCCGACGUGCCCGUGCGCAGUCUUCGAAAGAGACUCUAUCGAUGAAAGCUCUACAUGCAGUCUAUCGUCAACUGGAUUGGCUACUGAGUUCGAGCUCUUUCUCGGACCUGACCACGGAAAACAGGACAACUACAAUUUCAAGAUUACUCCUGAUACUUUGAGUAUAUCUGCGCGAACUGAGGCUAAAUGGCAAGUGAAAUUAGAAGCUGUACACCAAGAGCCCGCGCCCGCUGCGAGGGUAAUGUUCCGCUGCAUACCUCUUAGUAGAUCUGGUGAAUGCUGGUAUCGUCCUGAUCCACCACCGCAAAUAGUAAGACUGAAAGAGGCUCCUCGUGAAGGAGUUUUAGAAGUUUCGUGCAGCAAGGUAGUGGUGAGCGUGUGCGCGUUGAACCUGCCUGAAGAGAAUGUGCUGAGAUGUAGGAAGCGUUUCGACGUGCGGAACCCAGGCAGCGGGCCCCUACAGCUCACAGCGCGGACUCGAGAGCCCUGGUGUGUGGUGACAGAGUCGGCCCGCGCUCACUGCGGCACUGGCUGCGGCUGCGAUCCCAAAUUUGAAAGGACCCGAGAUGAAGCGGUAACGAUGAGUUUACCUGCCCGGUGUUGCGUGGAGAUGUGUGUAGAAGUUUACAUCAAAACGGAUGACGUGUGGCCCCCGCAACCGCAAGAUCGAGAAGAACAGUUAAAUGAAACUCCUCUCCCGGAGCUGCAGACUAUUUCAACACCGCUUACAUUUUGUGAUGCUGUCAACGAGCUGCUUAGCAUACCACUGAUCUUGGAGAUUGAAUACCCGGCGCUGCGGAUGAAACCAGACACCAUAGACUUUGGGUUCGUUACGGAACGCGACACCAGGAAAACUUACUUUACAAUCACACACACAAGUCGCAAAGAAACACUUGACGUGACGACGGAAUGGCUCGGCGGGGACGAGGUCAGGGUGUGGCCCCGGACCGUGUGCGUCGCCCCGCGGACCGGCUGCAGAGUUUACGUACAAUACACGGCCAGAUGGUGCGGGUCCCCCCUGGAGGGCGCAGUGCGGGUGCGCGCGGGGGCGCGGUGCGGGGGCGGGGUGCGGGUGCGCGCUCGCCCCACUCGCGACCACAAAUGUCGGAUGUUGCCUCACGACUUCACAGACGAUGCUAAUUUACUGCCGCCUCACCUUCCGUACUAAGACUUUGUUGUGUUUAAUUUAAUUUGUAUUGUCGUUGCUAAUAAACGUGACCAGUUGGAAGUGGUUUUAAACAA